AUGCUCCAGAAGGUUCUACUACGACCCAUGACCAGCGUUCCAUGCGUCGUCCUCCACUAUCGCAGUGAAGGGUUCAUCUCAAGCAAACAGCACCAGGCCACGGGUAACGUUGAGCCCGACCCAAGCCUUACGGUAGCUACAAGGAGUGCUGCGGAGACCUUCGGGAAAACGCACCUCGGGAUCAUCGGGCACGUGAAGACACACGAUUCCACCAUUUCGUACCGAUUCCCAUCGUCGUCUGGGAGUCCGUCCCCUCCCCCCAUCAUACCAUCGUCGCCCGAUCUGGCGCAUCAAAACCAACCCGGGCCCUCCAACCCCUACCUUGCCCUCCCACCGCCUGAAGACGAGAUCCCCGACCUCGACGAACUGCCCUCCGAACAACCACCCUCGCCCCCACCUCACACGCCUGCCCCUACCAUGUCAGGGCAUCACCGCAUCACCCUCGCCGCCAAUCCCCCCUACUUCGAUGGCGACAAGUCCAAAUACCUGGGCUUUGUGGACGCGUGCACCACUUACAUCGGUGCCUAUCGAUCGGAGUUCUCGCAGGAUGAGACCAAAAUCCUCUUUGUCCUCUCCUACCUCCGUAACGAGAACGGCACGAGCUGCGCUGCCUCGAGAUGGGCAAUGAACUGGAAGCAGCACAACUUCGAGGGCUUCCAGGGACUGAAGGCAGGAGUCACAUCAAAGAACUUCCUGGAGGAGUUUCAGAGGGCGUUCGGGGACUCCAAUGCGGAACAAGUCGCCGCUGCUCGGCUUAUGGCCCUGCGCCAAAACAAACGGUCCUUCGCGGACUACAUCUCCGACUUUGAGAUGUUGGCCGCGGAUGCAGGCUACAAUGUGGUUGACACCACCGACGACAAAGGCGAAUACAAGAAGGGGGACCAGGAUAAUAUCCUCAUCGAGUUCCUGGAGCGCGGACUCAGCAGCGAGAUCGCCAGCCGUCUCUACAACACCGGUGUCCCUCUGCCCAAGGCCUAUGGAGCGUUCAAAGCCUGGUGCAUCAACAUCGAAGCCAAUGCUCUGCGUGACCAGCUACGCAAAGCGUCGUAUGGGCACCCCACACAACGACCACCUCCCCAGUUCCGUCCCCAAACGGCACCAGUGGCGCCCACACCCGCUCCGGCCCGACCCGCUGCCAACGAACCGGUUCCGAUGGAAAUCGAUCGUACCCACGCCCGCGGCCGCAAUAUCAUCUGCUACAACUGUCAGCAGCCCGGGCACAUUGCGCGGAACUGCCCGGAGCCCAAGAAGAAGCGCACGUUCUUCAAUCGGGCCACAAUGCUGGAAGAAAUCGAGAACGGGGACAAGGACAACGAGUUCCUGAAGGAGAUUGCCGAGAAGCUGCGCGAGAAGGGUUUUUGA